GAUGCUAUAUCGACAGUCUCAGCCUCUUCAAUUCACAUCAGACAUAUCUUCUUCCUAGUUUUGCGUUCGUAUUUUAAAUUGAUAUCGAUACUGAUAUUGACAUUGAUCUCCGAGUAUUGUUAAUUAUAAUCUCAUUGCACGCAGCACAGUCCGUCCUCUUUAUCUCCCAGGUUAGUCGACCUCACUGACCGCUGUCACUCUUCAGCUUGCAGAAAGAUUCUAGAUCACCUCAAAUCAUCAUGGAACACAAAAUGGAACACAAAAUGGAAUACAAACAAUCUUUACCAGUUUUCUCCCAAUCGAUAACACCCCGCAUCAUCAUUCACGGCGGUGCAGGUAAUAUUCUCCCCGCAAACCUUCCACCCGCGAAGUAUAAGCUCUAUCACGACUCACUCCUUCGCAUCAUUUCCAACACUCACUAUUUCCUCACGUCACCAUCCUCCUUUCCUCUUCAUAAAACGUCUUCUUCUACCACCACAGCUCUCGAUGCUGUCACCUAUGCAGUUACACAAUUGGAAGAUAAUCCUUUGUUCAACAGUGGCCACGGUGCAGUUUUCACUCGUGAUGGAAUUAAUGAACUAGAGGCAUCCAUAAUGGUUUCAAGUGGGAAGAAGAAGAGGGGAGUAGGACUUAUGGGAUUACAACACGUCAAAAAUCCAAUUAAGCUCGCGCGCGAGAUGUUAAUACGAGGAGAGCAAGACUUGGAGGGUGGGAAUGGUGAACAUCGAGGGCCGAUGAGUGCUGAAGAGGUCGCAUUCAUGCAAAGCCACGGAGCACAAGGACAUUCACAACUACACAAAUAUUCCGCUGAAAAAUUGGCAAAAGAAUGGGGAUUGGAGCUUGUAGAUGAGAAAUACUUUUUUGUACAAGCAAGGUGGGAUGAACAUAUAUCGGGGUUGAAAAAGGAGAAGGAUAGGAAUGGAAAUGCAUCCUGGGAUGCCCAAGAAUUUAUACCACAAGGAACUUGUGGUGCUGUGUGCCUUGAUGCGGAUGGGGUGCUGUGUGUAGGUACUAGUACUGGAGGCAUGACAAAUAAAUUGACAGGGAGAAUUGGGGACACGCCAACGCUUGGUGCUGGUUUCUGGGCAGAGGAGUGGGAGGAUACAUCGGCGCACGAGGAUCUGCAUCGGCUUCAACAGAUCCGUCGAAGAAUGUACAACCAACGGCCAAUCAUCGCCUUAGGUGAUCAGCUGAAAGGAAUUCUGUCAGAUUGCUUCCCAGGCUUGAGUUUAAGAUCGUACAAUCUGAUUUAUCAAGAAGCGAUGGAAGAUGAAGCUAUGAUGUCCAGGAAACAUAUCAGGGCCACUGCUAUGUCUGGUACUGGAAAUGGUGAUUCUUUCCUCCGCCUUGCAGCUGCAAGAAGUGCAUCGGCAAUUGCUCGAUACCGUCCUGAGACUUCCCUUCAAGCCGCCAUCACAGAAAUAACUGGUCCUGGUGGAGAUCUAGUGAAAUCUGCAGGAGACCGAUGGAAGAAGACGGGUGAAGGAGAAGGAGGUAUCAUUGGAAUUGAAUUACAGGUUGUGGUUGACAACUUUGGUCGGAAGAGGGACGCAGUGAGUCAUGUCGUUGUUGAUUACAACUGCGGAGGUAUGUUCCGCGCGGCUAUCAAUGAAAAUGGAAAAGCUGUGAUGAGAGUAUGGAGACCUGGACAGUACAAUGGCUUGGACAUUUAUACAGGUGAGGGAAAAGAGUAUGAGGUCGCUGAUUGGGUUGAUGCCAAAUGAGGCUUGACAGAGCUAGUCCAUGAGACUAGUUUUAUCAAUAAAUUGCACGAAUUUUGAAGAUUAUUCUCGUCUUCCAAGCUAGAUACAUCUCCAAGACCAGCCAACCAGUCCUAGUGGUUCAUUUUAAUGCAACCUUCACUGAGGACCGGCGAAACUAAAGCUCGAUGUUUUUUUUUUUCAUCUAGGAAGCCACAACACUUAAUUAUCAUUACUUAUAAAGCUAUUCAGCGCCACAAAUAAACCUUACGACUUACAGAGGGCUGUCUACAUGAGAUUAUAGAAAUAAUUUCGAUGGCCCAAUAUUACCCACAAACACACUUUUGCUUUCCUCUACA